AUGUUCAAGGCCAGUGUGCGUAGCCUACAGAAAGCCAGCAAGCAAGCCCGUAGAGAUAGACUGGAGGGCCUCAUACAACAAGCCGAGCAUGCUGCCAAGCAACACAGUCCCUCGGAACUUUACCGGAUCAUCAAUCAGAUUGCCCCCAAGAAGCGACAUGAUCGCAUUCGAGUUAGAUCCGAAGACGGACGUCUACUGGACAAAAAGAAAGAAUUUGAGGCUAUCUUCACUUACUUUCAGAAAGCAUUCAGUAGGCGGGACACCUUCGACUGCCCUCCUCUUCAGCCUCUAGGUAUAGAACCUUCUGAAGUUCAAGAAGCGAUCAUGCAGCUUAAGAACAAUAAAGCUGUGCCGGAGGGAAGUCUUCCUGCUGAGAUGUGGAAGCUCUGCCCGGAGCUGUGUGCCGAUUGGCUAUCGCGCAUCCUUGCCCAGAGCACGCAGCACAAUAGUCUUCCUGCAGAGGUAUUAGCAAUUGUGCUUCGUACGCGGCUACUGGCCAUUGUACAAGAUCGCCUUCGCGCCAUCCCGCAAUUUGCUUACUGCCCACAAAAGGCAAUAGACCAAGCCAUUAGCCGGGUUGCGCAGCACUGCGCGACAGUAAGGGAACUGGUUCGGCAUAAUACGGUUGCCACCCACGAGCGUCGGGAAGGACGGCAGCAGGCAGAGUGCAAGGGAGGCAUCAUGCUCAGCCUGGACUUGAGCAGAGCAUUCGAUUUGCUCAGUAGAGCUGCCUUGGACAAGUCCUUUACUGCCGCCAACGUUCCUGCCGAACUGCGCACAGCAACUAUCCAGAUCCACGAAUCCUGCCGCUACACGGUCCGGCAUGGAUCACAGCAGGACCAAUUUGCACUACAGGUUGGCGUUAGGCAAGGGUGUGCACUUUCGCCGCUGCUGUAUGCACUGUACACAGCCUGGCUAUAUGAGCAGAUUGCCCUAGAGACUGAUCAUCAGUGGGCGAGUCGUUUCUUGACCAUCUUCGCAGACGAUAACUCACAGCUGUACGGCCUGCAUGCGGUCGGACUGACUGCGCCGGUCCUGCGCGACCUAGAAGCUGCAGACGCACGUGCAUUGCGGGCUAUUGCGACAUCACCUGCCCACAUCUUUCAUGAUACCCUGAAGAAGCUAUUGGUCAAGCGCUGUGCACGAGUGUCUGAUGACUGGCAGCGCAACUGGUUCGAACGCCAGCUUCAGGCUCUCGAGAACAGCUCGAGCACAGUGGAUGUUUCCCUGCAAGUGCACCUUACCCCACAAGGCAUCCCCGGAGUUCCGUGUCCUGAGUGUGGUGUUGUCUUCGUUAAUCGUAGACAUAUGCUGUCACAUGCUGCCAGAAAACACAAGUCUCAGGAGCCUGCCGGGACACCGCAGGAAACAUCCAAAGACACGCGCAAGUCUGGAGUCUGGUACAUGCAGCAUGCUGUAAUGGGCAUGCCACACUGUCGACAUUGUGACAAGAAGUUCACUAGGUUCGAAGGGUUCAAGAAACAUCUCCGGCAAGCCUGUCCCAUCCUACAUGCCAAUUGCCCCGUUGUCCCCAGUCAGCCCAAACAGUGUGACACGCUGCUGCAAACGGAGCACGCCGCCGAGCUGGUGGUCCAGGUAGCCUCAGCUCGGGAGGGGUCCGAAGGCCCGACCCCUCAGGCGUGCCCCGACGAUGCAGAGCCGGCAUCGUCCGUUAAUGUCUCCGAUGCGCUGCAGUAUUGUGACAAGUUUAGGACCUUGUCGCUGAGCGGCUGGCGCAACGUCCUGAGGGACCAGGAAUUCUGCAAAAGCCUGAGUACUUACUGCGUUCUUUGUGGUCAAUGGGCUUCCCCAACAGGUUUCAAGCAGCACAUCCGCCUCUGCCAUCAGAACACACAUGCAAUUCAUGCCCGAGCAGUUGCGCGAUGCACACAGAUUGGGCUCGCAGCUGUGUCCCCGUGUCGGUACUGCGGUGCUGUGGUGAAGCUGCCCUCCAGGUCUCAGAAGAUGGCGUCGAUGGAUGUGGAAGAGAACGACCGCGCGGCAGUGGCCCAGAGGGAGAUGGCGGUCCUGGGGCUUCCAGGGGCGAAUCCAACGCCGGGCGCGGCGUCCGGACAAGCAGAAGGCGACAGCUGGAAGAACUGGGAGAAGGAGAACAAGGGCUGGGGCGAGCAGGAGGGUCGCCAGAAGUGGCCCAGGAGCGAGGGGGGAAAAGGCCCAGGACGCUCCUAUGGUGGCUGGCCAAAGCGGAAGACUCCCGAGCAGGAGGAGAAGGCGGCGUUGGACAAGCAAACCCAGGUCCUUCUGCAGCUCAUGACGCGGAUGACCCUCCGACACGAGAAGGAACUCUGCAGAAUCAGAGUCGACACCAGUUUCGUAAUGUUCUGCGAUGUCGGCAACCACGGAUGCCUUCCUCAGCUGAAGGCGACGGCAGAGAACUGGUCGGAGAAGUAUGUGGCCCAGCAAGUUACAACGUCGCUCAGGGUCAUCAUGAUGCUCACCCUAGUUCGAGCCCUUCGGGACAAGCUGGACAAGGUGACGGUGGACGACGAACUGGCGGGGAAGUACAAAACCCUCUCCUGGCUCACCGACGGCGCGAACGCAAUGUCGCCCUGCUGGAACUAUCUGGAGUGGAGCAGCUCGGAGAAGAAGGAGAAUGUGUCGCAGACCACCCAGCCGAUCAAGCACCAGGACGUCCUCAGCAUCCUCGACAGGCUGGAUCAUUUCAUUCCGCAGCCGGGCAUCCUCACCGCCUUUCAGAACACCAAGGGCAUGGACUCCCGCCAGGCAAGCGAGGUAGUGCCGUUCUUGAUCAGCGUCGGCCUUCGUCAGGAGGGGACAGCGGAGGUACACGCAAGCCUGCAAAAACUAUCCGGCUGCUCCUGUAUGAAGCUAGUAGCAUGCCGUUUGCGGCGACCGCGGUCAACGCCCACAGUUGGCCAAGAGCCUCGAAGAAGCCUUCAUGGCGACGGAGUACUGCGAUUGGUCCAAUCGUCGCACACAGUAGAGGACCCAGGUCGGUCUUCUACAUCUGGCGCGUCCAGGUCGACGCGCCAGGAUGGUGAUGUGGAGGCGCCGGCCUUACCAGCAGCUCGUCUGGUCAAUCCAGAUAAUCUCUGUUACGCCAACUCAGUUCUCCAGGCAUUCUAUUGGGGAGGCGUCGUUACUCGUCGGCUCGCAGAGAGCUAUGGUGCAGCGCAGGCUGGCGUGCACAUACUCGCUAGAUCAGGCAAUCCCUAUCUCCCACAAUGCAUGCCACUGCAAAUCCUGUUCAGGGGGUGGCGCAAUCUCCGCAGGCAGAAUGAUGCAGCUGAGUUCUAUGCACAUGUUGUAGAGGUAGCACAAGCCAGUAUUUAUGCCGGUGCCUGGGAAGCUCGCCUUGAUAAUCCACACACAGUUUCGGAUGGAGGCACUUUGCAGAGCCCGGUGCUACUUCACUUCCCAGGCGCGGAUCUCACAGCCCUGAUACAUGCGUGGCACCGGCAACAUGCCAUUCACGCACUGCGAUUUCAUUCAGGAGUUCUCACGCUGCAAUUGUGUAGGUACAUAGGCCUCCGCAAGAAUCGACAGUCAUUACCUAUCACAGCAGGUGAGCGCAUCAGCCUGCCCGUCUUUUCUGAGCCUCAGGGCACGGAUGUGCGUUGGGAAUCCUUCCGGGUUAUAUGGGUCAUCUUUCAUCUGGGUGCUACCGUCACGUCGGGACAUUAUCAGGCUGCCCUAUGCCUGCAAGCUGGUGGUAAUUGGGUCUACAAGAUUUGUAAUGACGCUAAGAGCCCUAAAGACCCCAACCUUAAGGAAACCCAGCACAUAGCCCGGGAUGGUUACCUGGUAGGACUCCUUCACAUCCCUGCCAACAGCGAAUAA